CAAACUUCACACACGUGCGCGCGCUCCUUAUAUAAUACACGUUUAUGGUGCCAGCCACUGGAAACACACUUAGAUCUACUUGAAAUAUUACAACUACAAGUUAGGGACAACUACCUACUGAAAGUGCUAACUGUUGUUAUAUUUAGAUAUUCGUACAGGAACUGCAAUGGAACGUCCACUCAUCUCCGCUCUCCUGGCCCUGGUCCUCAUCUCAGUGGACCUGUGCUUUGCCGAGUCUUCGGAACCAGAAAGGACUGUUGAAUACUACACUGAUAGGUGCCUGGAUGGCAAGUAUCACAAAGAUAAGCCUGGACCGGAAAGUGACCUCUUCAGCCAGUGUACACCAUGGCGGGAUCGUUCUUGUUGCACCGAAGAAAUCUCAGAGGACCUUCACAUCCAACCAUUGUGGCAUGACUUCAAAUGGAACCAUUGUGACACACCCCUGUCAUCGUCCUGCGAGCAGUGGAUGAGACAGGAUCUAUGCUUCUACGAGUGCUCUCCCAAUGUAGGCCCAUGGCUUGUACCACACAACAUCAGCAUAAGGAAUGAGCGUUUUAUGCAUGUGCCGUUGUGUGACACCGAUUGUUCUGUGUGGUUUGAGGCUUGCAGGAAUGACUACACAUGCAAAGAUAACUGGGCUAUAGGAUGGGACUGGUCGUCAGGUGAGAACGAAUGCCCCGCUGAUGCUACUUGCGAGAAGUUUGAGGCCAAGUUUGGAAAUGCCAAGAACAUGUGUGAGAAGAUCUGGAACAAGUCUUACACUGUAGUCUCUGCUGAUACCGACGCCUGUAUGACUCUCUGGUUUGAUCCUUCUUAUGGCGGAAACCCUAAUGAUCAGGUUGCCCUUGCCAAGGCUCAGGAGCUGGUCGGAGAUGCCACUCGACCUGGACCACAGCAAUAUGCAAUCUUCACCAAUGCCAUGGCGACCACGACAGUCCUUCUAGCCACUAGGUGGCUGCAUCAUUGACGUAGGCUUCGCCCUGUGAUACGAGGUGAUCUUGCCACACUAAUCCUCCGGAGCUGUACUAACGAAAUGAAAAAAAAAAUGUCACUCAUCUAGUAAUCUCAUAGUAAGAGGAAAGGUCACGUACAUUACUGGCUUGACAGAACUUUUGCAAUGUCAUUUCUUUUGACUUUGAAAGAAAUAUCAGUUUUGUGCCAGUUACAUGUAUGUAACCUUUGAAUAGUGACAGGAAUUGUGUCUUAAUCAUACAUUUUAUUGCUUUGUCUUCCUAUUGUGACAUUUUGAGCAAUGGUUUCUGUUGAUCGUGAGAAGAAGAAUGAUUCGAACAUGAAUAUAUGCUGCAUGAUUUUAUUUGAUGAUGAUCAGGAUUAAGAGGGGGGGGGGGUGGGGUGGAGGGGUGCUUUCUAUGGUGUGUGUUUUCUAUUUCUUAUGCUAUACAUGCAUCGUGCCUGCUGUAGGCCGGGUUUGGUUUUUGGAGCGGGAAUCCCGAGCUAAGCUAAAAUUACAAAAGAAGUUAAAAACCUCUCAGAGGGUUUAAACCCCCACCUUCAUGGACUUUGUAGGUGUCUUAAGCAUGUGUGCUCACUGAAUGAUGAUGUGGUUACAUAACGGCUUGGUAGGUUCGCAUGAGGGUUAUGUCCACAUUUAUUUGCACUCAGUUGACCCUCGCUUCACUGUUUUCAUUGUAUUUCCUUGAUUCGCCUUCAUCUUUCUCAUCUUGUGUUGCAUCCUCAAACUGAUCCUUUCUCCUCCUUUUCUGCUUCAGGAUAUAUUUCAAAUCAAAUUCGAGAUGAAUCUUUUGGUUCUCUGUCAUUGUUGACUCCAAAUACGCUGUAUAAUCACGAAUCUGUAUUAUCCAACAUACAUACUUGUAGAAAACACCAUUUGUGCAGUGCUGCAGUAAAUAUGUGAACAUUAAACUAGUUCAAGUAAUGACAUCACUAAAAUCUUUCAGAGAUGUGAUCAGGCCAGAUUUGGGGAGGACAUUUUCAGCAUUUUUAACUUUGGAUUUUUGCCCUCUAAAUUCAAAAGAAAAACAAAGAGGAAAGCAUAAUGAUCAUCACAUAGUGACGUUACUGACAUGUAUACCAUAUUGAUGAUCUAUUUAUAUUAAGGUUAAGCAGUUAUCACAUGGGAACGUUUGAUUCGGGGGCCUGUUACACAGAGCUUAGCAAUGAUGGUAGUACAAUUUUCUAUGAAUGAUUGCAUUGACUACAAUGUACAAUCAGUUUGGAAAAUCAAGCAUACGAUUAAUCGCUUUACCUUUGUGUUAGGGGACCAUGGUGUGCUAGGCGACAUGUAGGCAUUGGCAAGCUGUUUUCUUCAUCCAAUUCUUUGAAAUUAAGAAUUGCCUUCUGUUAUCAACACAAAAUGAUCUCUCGAUAGAGCAUGAGGAUUCUUGGUAUUUAGUGUAAAUGUGGUGAAGUUCUUGCUAUCAAGAAUGGACUACUUAAUAGUAACUUUUAGCAAGAUAUUGAAUUAAACAAGAAAUCAUCUGGCCACACGUAGAUAAUUUGGCGUAAGUUGGCUGAAAUGUUCAAGUGGGAUAGCCCCUUUGAAGAAACCAGGAGAGGGUGCACUCCUUUCAGUAUAACAUCUUUUGUGAAUUUUGGCCGAGAAGUUUUAUUUUUCAGGAACUUUUGAGCCUUUACGGUCCUAGGAUGAAAUCUAAAGAAAGGUGGAAUAUUAGUAGUCAAUGGGUUAACUCUCUUUUAACUCCAAACAUCAUAUUUCGCACCAAUUUCAGAAGGAAUGAUGAAUGAUUCUGCAAAGUUUAACCCUCUGUUGCCCAUCCCUUGACAAAGAAAAUAACAGACACGGAAUGGAUUUCUUAGGUCGACAUUCGAUCUUAAAAAGGGAAAUCCAUCCCGUAGACAUUGUUGAGAUUGGACAUUGCCCCAAUAUUGGUAACGCUUGUUAUGGACAUGUAGUUGAAUGAACCAUAUUUUGAAGUAUUAAUGUUGAUUAUCACCACCCAGUGCUUUGGGGUUCUUAAUGUUACCAUGGAUACAUUACAGCUAGUACCUUCUUGUGUUCAAUAAUAGACAACAUGAAUACAUUACUGCCACCGAAAUGCGUGUUCUUUGUUUUGACAAAGCGAUCAGGAAGAAAGCAAGAGUAUUUCAAUCAUUUCAACCUGUGACCCUUGAUAUAUGGUGAUGACAGAGAUGCCAACUGUUCUCCUUUUGUGCAGUAUUUUAUACCCAUUUUAAAUGAAUAGAUUGCAGAUUUUAUAGAAGUAUUUUUUCCAAGAAUAGAUGUAUAUUGCAGAAACAUAUAAUACCUUUUUUUCAUCCCUCUAAGUACUUGAGGUCGUUUUACAAGGUUGGCAUCCCUGUUUGUGAUAGUAAUAUAAUGGCACAGGGUUUUGAUGCAGCUGAUGCUGCUGAUAAUGACAAUGAACAUCAUUAAAAACCAGCAUUUAGCAUGCUGUUCAUAGAAUCAGGUCAUAAGUCAGUCACCGCUGUCAUCUAUUAUUAUUCAGGUGAAGGGUUUUAAGAGGCACAGAUAUUUGUUGAUGUCUUGCAAGGUUGUUUCAAAGAGACAAAAUAUCAAAACUGAUAUUUAACAUGUAUGCCUAUGAAAGCCAUUCAAUAUUGGAUGAUUCCAUAUGGGAUGAAAUGAAUAUUUUGCCCCGCCUACAAGAUUAUCAUGGUUAUUAAAUGAUUGUAGGCAUGAAGCUAUUGAUACGUCACAAUGAAAUUGCUUUGCGUAUUAGUUGCCAGGAUGUGUGGCAAAGCAGCAAGUUUGCGUCAGUAUAUCGAAUUCAAAUGCGCUUCCACUUUAUGCUAGCCCAUCUUCACACAGAUUUCCUUUUAAAAAAAUGACAAAACUCAGUCGCCAUGCUCAUGAUCUACAGGAUUGACUUAAAAUGCUGAGUAAAAACAUAUUUUUUGCUUUACUAAUUUAUGUUUAGCUUUGUGGGGGUAUCUAAAUAAUAAUAAUAUUGGAUUACCAAUUUUCGUGGAAGAGGAGUAAUAUUGUUACUCGCUGAAGAACUAUAUUUGAUUCGUCUCCGACUCAUCCAAUAUUGUUCUUCAGCUUGUACAAUAUUUUCUACUCAUCCCACUCAAGGCCAUCCAAUGUUCCAUAAAUAUUGUGGUCAGAAAUGUUUUAUCCCUGAAUUUGUAAAACUGAAAGAUUUAUUAAAAAUAAAUUAUGUCAUUACGAUUGGGUCACCAAUUUAUCAAAAUCUUGACAUUAUCAGUUUAUUUCACCAAUGCAGUUUAGUAGGUAUUACCAUAACCUUUACCUAAUAGUGCUGAUGUUCCCAGAGGUCACGCUUUCUUCUCAAUAUCAAUGAAGAACAUAUUUUAUGAUGAUUUACUGAUGGAAAACAUUGGUCCAAGGAGUCCCAAUGGCGGUUUUUCACACUUUGAGUAUAGAAAACGAGAACAUAAAUGACAUUUUCUUUGUCACAAUUUGAAAUUUUUUUACAAUGUAUAAGACAAUUUGAUUUUUACCAUGGAAAGGGUUGCUUUUAAAAAAUGUUUUCUGUCACAAAAUGUAUUUGUGAUUUACGAUAUUUUCAAAUUGAUGUGCAAUUGAUCUCAAAUACAUUAUCUAUUCUGAUUAAUACAUAAGCAAAAAAAAAUAUGCUAUGAUAGCUAAAAGUCUAGCAAAUUGGUAAAAUUCUUACCAAAUCUAUCAAGUGAUAAUUUGAUUAUGUUGUUGGAUUUAUAUUGCCAAAAACGUAAUGAUUUCAUGUGAAAUUAUUACAAACCAACUCAGCUUGUGAUGUAUAGUACUCACAACGGUUUUCAAAGUGGGGGGGGGGGGGGGCUGACCAUACAAAAAAAAAUCACAAUCAAAUUGUCAUUUUUACAUUUUUGUUUACCCCCCCCCCUUGCUUCUGGGGCCUCUGAGCAAGCAAUACAUAUCCUAUUGAAAUUUUAACCAUGAAAGGAAUACAUUAAGAAAAA